UGACGCCCCUCCCUGUUGCUGCUGGGACUGAGCGCGCGCACGGUGCUCGGCUGUCCGUGGUAACAGCGCGGUGUAGUCCACUAUGCCGCGGGUCCAACGGCGUCAGCUGUAAUGAAGCAGUGUAAUGUGCCGUACCGGACCGAACCCCUGACACUCUGCACUUAGGCUACUCUUCUUCGUCCAUGCAGAAGAUGGUGGCUGGCGGCUAGUUCCAGCUUCGGACUCCGUGGUUUCUUUCCUCUGCGAAGCGCACUGAAAUCAGUCGAUUGUAUAUACAGGAAAAUGGGGAGAGAGAGAGAGGGAAUAACACGCAGCAAAGGGACGCUGCCAAGAACUCAACCUACAUGGGGAGCACGCUCUACCGGAGGGGUCCUGAGAUGACGGAAGUGGAGCCAGUGUUGGACUUUGCCUCCUCGGGGCGCUCGGGGAGGAGAAAUGCCCUGCCUGACAUCCUGGGCUCGCCGGCAGGCGUAAACCCUGGCGACCUGCCUCUUAAGCUGGCUGAGCUGUCCCUCAAAGAUGGCCCGGGAGGGGCCCAGUCUCCAACAGCAGAGGGGCCUCCAGCGCCGCCGGAGAGCUCCGAGGGGAAAGAGGGAUCGUAGGGACUUGUUUAUUUACCUCCCCAGAGACCUGCCAAGAUACCCUGAGAGACGGGACGAGGAGCGAGUUAGAGCGCGACCAGUGGGAGAAAGAGAGCGAUUAUCUGUGGAGAGCCAGUCUGUUUGUGAAGCAACUGAGCCACGGAGGGAGAGGGACCGAGCGACUCCCCAAGGACUGGAGCCAGGCACUCAGCACUAUCUGAAAAGAGUCAGACGUCUAUUAGUUAUGAACCAGUGAGUGUGUGUGUGUGUGUGUGUGUGUGUAUAGGUGAGUUAUACACUCACCGCGGACACUACACUGAGAAUCAGAAGGACCAUGACAGAUUGUAUACUGUACACUACUAUUUUUGUAUGAUUUAUUUAAAACUAAAGAUAAACAGGAACUCAUAAGUCAAACUGUAAUAUGUACCAUUUGCUUCUCUUUUAUAGUGAUGUGUGUUACUUUACAUUGACAACAGUAGGAGGGAUUUUAAGGGACUAAAAGCCUGUAGUGGCUCGAAGCUUUUACAUCCAGCUGGACGCAAAGUGGCACGUGACAUAAGGAAAUUGGGAAAUCUUUGUGUUGUCUUCUGCUUUUACACUAACUGUGUAUAAUCUACUGUAUGUUUUCAAAUCUGAGGCUGUUGUACUCUAUAUCUUUAUUGUAAAUGUACAGUUUUUAUCCCCCAUUGCAGACUGUUUUGAUCCUAACCGAUCCUUUUUUUUAGGUGUCCAUUUGGAUACGUUAGGUGAUAACGUAGAAGAACCGUCCAUAUCUUGAGACAUUCCUUUAGUGUCCCACUGCCAGCAAAGUCAGAGGUUUCCCUGUUGGUUUUUGCUCAAGGCUGCUUUUAAAAGGCUCUUCACUUUCCAGAACCUCUGAAAAUGUGCCUAGUGGCAGUUCACAACCCAAAACGUGUGUUGUGUUCUUUCUCUGUGAAGUACCGUUAUCGACUAUUUUUGGGCUACUGAUAUUUCCUCGGUUUUAAUAGGAGGUAUCAUAACACAUCUUUAUGGCUUGAACUGUAAAUGAAAGAUGAAAACAACUUUUGUAACAUUCUGCAGACCUGCAUCUGCGGAUCCUACACUUUGUCAGGAAAUAACGUUCAGUUUUGCGUAAACACUUCGGCAGGGCAUCUCGGGCUCCUCGCACGUGCUUCAUAUAGCGACGGCAGCAUAUGGCCGCUGACUGGGCAUGGGAGCGAGCGUCGAGCAACAUUACCGCCACAAUGUGUUCCGAGUGCCGGAAAUGGCAGCGCACUCGCCUUCUGCCUCUCCGCACAGAGAAAAGUCUGUUCACACUCAUCAACACAUACGCAGAGCUGUGAAUAGGAUGCAAGACGGACUGCGAGAAACGGCUUCACAUGUUGUCAGCUAUCCACUCUACUCCACUGCUACUGUAAAUAUACUGUGUUGUAGUAUAACCCAUGUGUGUCAUACAUGCUGCCUGUAUGAUGACAGACUUUAUUCACAUACUGUACCCACAAAGAAAUUGUUCUGUAAUCGUCUCUAUUUGAAGAUGUUUUGCCGGUGGCUGUGUCUUUAUGUGGAUGUGUUUCACAAAUGUAACAAAGGAAAGCCUGGUGUGCAGCUGCCCAGCCUCAGCCGUACUUUGACUAAUACUGAUGAGAAGUUUUAAUGGUCUACACGAGCUGUAUGGUCACCCCUUUUUUUUUGGAGUGAUGAUUUAAAAAGGUGUAUUUUGUAGUGUCCUGAUCUCUAAGUGGUGCAUACAUUUUACUUGGCUGGAUUGAAUCCCCAUGUGUUGAUUCUAUCUGGUGGUGAAACCUGCCAUAUUAAACCCACAAGCUUUACAUAUA